AUGGUGUUGAGGCUCGAAGCUGCUCUGGCGGAGCAGGACGAAACGCUGCAGGCCUUGGAGCUGGGUCAGCGGGUGCAGUCCUUGCUGACGCACAUGCCAGAUGAAGAGACCCGUUUUCCCGAGAGCGAGGAAUGCAGCGAUCUUCGAGCAGAGCUACUUUGGCUGAAGAAGCAGACUGGCGAGGUCCUCCAAGAGAUCACCAACAUGAAGCUGGAUAUCCGGCGGAAAGAUGCGACAAUUCUUGAGUUGGGUCGACAAGCGGGCGCCCUCAAGUCCGCCAACGCCUGGCGUUCGGUCCGGCGGGCUUCCAUCGUAGAUGGCGAGGCAAGCAGAUCGAAGAGCAAGUGCUUCAAAGAUGCGCCAAGGACACAGCCCGGGCAACCUCUGAGAAACGGUGGAUUGCCCAUACAGUGCAACGUGUCGCAGCGAUCCGCUCCGAAGCUGCGUAGCACGAGGAGUGGAACGUCGAUGCUGUCAAGCAGAAGAGCACCUCCGGUGCUCAGGACCCACGCCACGCUGUUGAGAACGAGGGCCGCGUCCGUGGACACUUGCACGGCCUUCUAUGACGGCAAGGGAUCUCCUGGCCGUGCAGCGACGCGACCGGAGCCAGAACAGCGAGAGGAAGCCUCUGCGAAGCCCGAUCGGCCAGCAGCCCGUGUUUGCAUUCAGCGAAUUGGUGGCUCGCGGCUGCUUCGUCCCCUUCGUCCGAUCAGGCUGUCAGCCAACGAGGCCGGAGGACGAACCUUGCCGACACCUUCCCGGAACGUGUGGCUUCGCAGAGCUGGAUCAGGUGACGUCGAUGCGGCGUCCAAGGAGGUAGCCGGGAUGGAGCCCAUGGCGCCCGGUCCACCGUGCCAGCGGCUGAUGGGGAACCACCAGAUGCUGCGGCCGCACCUAGAAGAGCCUGAAGGCACUUCGAGCAGCUCCUGCAGCGAGGAAGACAGUGAGGCCGAGGAGAUGUGCUGUGAUAGGCCAUGGUGUGUCCCAGCCAGGCCACAACAUGAGUAUUUGCUCAAGCUCGACUUGACGCUUGUCUCCCAGCACAUGGCGAACAGCUCUUUCACUGAAGGUGUGGAAGCCAGUGCAGCUGUUCCCCAAACGCCUAGAGGAAGGCCUCCGGUUGCAUGGUGGCAUUCUUCAGAGGUGACGGCACCAGCUUCGGCGCGGGGCCAUGCCCCCUUCACGGAAGCAUUCGGUGGCAGUCGGCGACGAGAACCUCGAAGCUUGUACGUGCUGGAGUUGGUGACGCCUCGGACAGCCGUGUCGUUCCAGCCGAACUCGGAGGAUGCGGAAGUACAUAGUCCGCUACUGCUGCUGCGGCCUCCGUGCGAAGACACUCCGAACGGAGGCGGUGGCCGGCCGAGCCCGGGCAACAUUUCAACCUCAAGUGACGAGGAUGACAUUCGAACCCGGCUCAACAAGGACAUCGCCAAGCGCGCAGCGUCCGUGGAUAUCCAGUGCCAGGACAAAGAUGAGGCCCCCUGCCAGCCCGACGAAGCGGCACUCGCGCACGUGCUGACGACACAGGUGCCAACUCCGGCACGAGCUCUGAAAUCGACAUCUGGUGACCCGAGUUCACCUGCAGCCAAGCCCGUUGAAGCCUAA